AUGCCGACGGAGUCUGUUGCGGUAUUCGUCGCUCGUGUGAAGACCUUCCUGUUCAUGUCGCCACACAGUGGCCUCAUUCAGUACUGUUUAAAGACAACUCUGCUGUUCUCCGCUUCUUUCGAAUACUUUCGCGUUCAAGCUGCAUCCUUCCAUACAAUGCAACACCUUGCGAUGUUCACUAUGCUAGACUUUGACCCUGAAACGGAGAGGAAACUGUUGCGCUAA